AUGUGGCUACCGCAUGGAUCGCCGAACGCUCCACGGCAGUUGGUGCGGCCCGUCGUCCCGGCCCGGGAGGCUGAAAGCCCCAAUGGGAUGCAGCCCGGGAUCCAGGAUGGCUUAGUCGCCUUGAAUGACAAUGAGAAGACUAUGCAGGACCAACUGCAGGAAUUGUCGAGGCAGCAAGAGAGUUUGAUGCAGGCACUGGAAAAGGCCGAUGAGACAGACAGGUUGUGGCAGGCAGAAAAGCAGAGGUUGCAGAAUGAGUUGGAGGCAGCAGCCGUUGAGGCCAGAAGAAAGACAGCAGCUCCGCAGGUGGAUGAUCAGCUACAAAACAAGCUGAUGGACUUGGCACCGAAGGCUGAAAAGCAAGCGCAAACAUCAGAAAAGAGCGAGCAAGCACCGCAGGCAGAGAAGGAGCAGCUCAAGAAGCAGUUGGAAGAUAGAGAACAAGAGGCGAACCAUGAGCUGCGGGAGAACAAGCUGAUGGAGUUGGAACAGAAGGCGGAGGAGAAGGCGAAGUUGGCGUCAACGUUGCAGGACAAGUUUGACGCUCUCACCAUGCACAAUGAGCAAAUGCAGCAAGAGCUCCGUCAGGCAGAAAAGAAGGAGCAAGUAACAGAAAAGAGCGAGCAAGCACUGCAGGCAGAGAAGGAGCAGCUGAAGAAGCAGUUGGAAGAUAGAGAACAAGAGGCCAAAACCAAGGAGGCAGCUUCACAGGCGCAACUGGAACUUCUGAAGAACGAACUCCGAGAAGCGCAGCAGGCGCAGCAGAAGGCAAGGUUAAGAGAUGCUGAAAAAGAGGCCACAGAUGAGGCCUGUGCGAGAAGGGCUGAAGAGCAUACCAGGAAGGUUCAGGAAAGCGAGGAGGCUCUGACGAAAAGGGCUGACGUCGCCGAGAACACGAGAGAAAGCCACAAGGUCAACUUCGACUUUGCCCAGAUGGAGCUUCCAGCGGAGAAGCAGAAGUGGCUCACAGAAGUCAAGCGCAAUGGGCAGAACUUGCAGAAGGCCCCUGAGCAUUUGAAGAACGACAAAGACGUCGUCCUGGCUGCGGUGGAGGAGCAUCGCCUGGCCCUGCAGCACGCUUCAGAGGAGUUGAAGAAGAACAAGGACGUCGUCACGGCCGCGGUAGAAAAGGACCCACGGGCCUUCACCUUCGCCUCCGAAGAGCUCAAGAAGGACAUUUCUUUCGUGAAGACUGUCGUGCAACUGAAGCCAAAAGCGUUGGAGUUUGCCGCGGAUGCCUUGAAGCAAAACAAAGAUGUUGUCCUUGUGGCAGUCCAGCACAGCGGUUCUGCUUUGCAACACGCUGCGGAGGCUUUGCAAAGUGACCAGGAAGUGGUGAUGGCAGCGGUACAGCAGAACGGAGAAGCGUUGCAGUACGCUGCAGCUGCAUUCAAGGCGGAGAAGGAGGUGGUGAUGGCAGCGGUACAGCAGAACGGAGAAGCCUUGCAGUACGCUGCAGCUGCAUUCAGCGCGGAGAAGGAGGUGGUUAUGGCGGCAGUGCAGCAGAACGGCAAAGCCCUGCAGUUUGCUGCCGCCACUUUGAAAACUGACAAGGAACUGGUCCAGGCUGCCUGGCUGCAACGGGUGCUGCGCGAUGGCACGGAGAUGCAGCACGCCCCAUGGAUCCUCCGGAACAACCGGGAGUUCCUCAUCAAAGCAGUGGCGGCCACCAGGGCCCCCUGGCUCUUGAAGCUGUCUUCGGAGGCGCUCAAGCAGGACAAAGAGCUUUCGGAGCAUUUAAAGGCUUUAGCUGGAACCGGUUUGGUCUUCACCUACUACCACAGCUUUGACUGCUUCCACAACAUGCGGGAGGCCUUCCUGGCCACAGGUGCUUCAGCUCCGGGCGGUCAGGCCUACGAGGAAGUCAUGAAGAAAUUGAACGAAACUUCUGGCGGAUCCGCGACAGUAUGGUUCGACAAAGUACACGUUUGGGGCUUUGCCGCCGGCCACUGGCGCCAUCCCUCCACGGACUGCGGUCGCGACAUGGUGCCCGUGCCGCCGCCAGAGGGGCGCGACCCGAUGUGGGAGGCCAUGGUGGAAUCUCGCAUCGAGAGGCUGACACCAGAAGUUGGCUCACAGCACCCGUGCUGGUGCUGUCGUUGGCUCCGAGUGGUCAAGGAGAAAAUUGAAGCAGGAGCCGUUAUUUGUUGCGUGGUGUCAAAUAUCUACGACGAUUCUUGGGUGGAUGACUAUGGCGCUGGCUCCUCCGAAGUGUCGGACCGCGUGGCGGAGCACUACGGCCUCAAGCGGGAACGGUUCCGGAAUGGGCGGCCAGCUGGUUGGGGUGAAGGCAGCAUCGAGAUUUACGAAGGCCGUGGCAGAACGCACAAAUACUCCAGGGUGGCACCAAUGCAUCCCCACACCAAGUUGCCACUGGGUGAGGGAUGCCGUUGGGAGCGCGAAGCACUUGACAACCUAGAUUGCACAGUCAUGGCCUUCUUCAUGCCCUAG